AGAUAGCGAUCGUAAUGUUGUCUCAGUCGGAUGUAAAUAAAUGCUUUAGCAUUACAUUUGAAAAUGAUUUUGCGAUUCUGCGUAUGAAUUAUGGUGAAAAUAGGUUUAAUAAAUGCUCAUGCAAUGCAAUAUUGAAUUGUCUAGAUUCCGUUUUACGUAACCCAAAAGCAAAAGCAUUGAUAGCAAUAGGUAACACCAAGUAUUUCAGCAAUGGUCUUGACCUUGAGUGGAUGAGUAAAGCUCCUUCUGAAGAUGUCCUAGGGGCCAUUCAACUCUACCAAGAAAUCUUACAUCGAAUAAGCCACUUUCCCAUGCCAACCGUAGCGGCAGUUAAUGGCCAUGCAUUUGCUGGUGGUGCUCUACUUGCUUUUGCCUUUGACUACCGUGUCAUGCGGAGAGAUCGAGGCUGGCUAUGCCUGCCAGAGAUUGACCUAAAACUAAGAUUCCAACCUUUCAUGAUUCAGUUAGCCAAACUCCGAUUAAGAUCAAACAAAUCAAUACGCGAAGUGAUUUUAUUUGGGAAACGCCUAACAGGGCCUCAGUGUUUGGAGGCUGAUAUUGUUGAUGCAAUUACUGAGGUCGAUGAUCUUCUUCCUGCUUCUAAAAUAAUUGCUGAGAAAUGCAUUGGUGGGAGGACAUUGGACCGUGAUAUGGUGAGAGUGAUGAAGGAGGAUAUAUAUGCUGAUAUGCAGUCAAAAACUCAAGGUGCAUCAAAUGAUGAAGGCAGGAUUAAAGAAUUGCAGUCAAAACAUUCAAAGUUGUAAAAAUAAUUGAAAUCAAUACAAAAUAAUUAUUUUUCUAAUUGAGUAUGUAUAUAAUUGUCUGAUAUAAUAAAUAAUGUUCAUGAUUAACAGUGUA